UUUUUUUGUUUGUCGACUUGUGAAGUUUUGACUGAAACGCUGAGAACAUAUGGAUCAGAUUGUGUUUCUGCUGGACAAGGACGGACGCGAGCACAGUCCAGUCGAGCUCACUCAAGCGACGCCGUCAAGCCACCACGCAGAUGCACUCCACGCAUACUCAACAGACCAGGCGUUGCUGGGAUGGUCGAUCGAGCAGCUCCACGACGCAGCGCAAAAGCAGGGACUGAUCCUCGUGUCCCCGUCGAUCUGGCAGGACUGCCCGAACGUCGCUCGGACAACCGCUACUACUACUACUACUGCGACUACUACAACGGCUGAUGCGACUGGAGCGCUGAAUCAUGAAAACGAGGGGCUCCGAACAACCCCGGAGACGAGGCACGCGGACAAGGCGUUUGAAACGCGCAAGUACGCAAUGGAUGUGCAGGGCCAAGGAUGCCACCAGUACGUGUUUGAGCAUUAUAACAAGCUCCAGCUGGUGGGCAUAGCGCCAUCACACGCGAUAGUAACCGGAACUCUCGCGGAGGGAGCCGAAGCAUCAACGGUCGUUUCUGUCAAAUUUGCAGCGCUGCCGCUCAUCCGGCCAAAGAAGAUGGAGUCGCGACAUGCGCAGCAGCCAUUGACCACGUUGGCCGAAGUGACCAUGAGCGACGGGCGCGUCUUCCGACCUCGUAUUUGUAUCUACGGCGCGAUUGUCGAGUUUAACGAACGGCUUCUUGCUCAGCCAGACUUGCUAAGAACGCAUCCCACCACAGCCGGAUACCUAGCGCUCGUCAUUCCACCAAAGUAUCCGCCAAAGCGCCAAGAGGGCGACAAGGCAAUUGCCCUGCUGAGCGAGGCAGAGUACUUGGAGAGGCUAGCAGCCAGUGGUGCGUCGACCUCUGCCCGAGCUGCAGCUUCUGUCCCUGUGUCAGAGUCUUCAUCAUCAUCAUCAGCAGCAGCAGCAGCAGCAGUAGACGUCGACACCACCCCGAUGGAACACUGAGACUGCGUGCUCUUUUUGUUUUGCAUUGUUUCUUUCGUUAAUAGAACUUUCACCCGA